AUGCAUCUGGCAUCUCGUUGCGCACCCCAGAUUCCCAAACCCGACUAUCGGUGGGACGGAACGGAGCCGGCCCAGGCUGGGGGACAGCGCCAAGUGAGCUUGCAUCCCGAGACGAGACAGAGGGCCGAUCAUUUCUAUUCGACGGCAUCGCCGGUAGGUUACACCGGUGUCCUGAUCCUGCGACCCGCAAAGAAGUGGCGUGCAGCGUACAGUUCACAAUUCAGCAGUAUCAAGAUAUCGUGGAAGCAGAAAUUUCCUUCACUGCCCUCCCUAAAACGCUGGAUAAACCUCGGUGAACUUCCGCGUGGAGAGGCGUUUUGUGCCGCGAAUGCCAAGAAGCCACUCCACGAGGGGUGA